AUGCGGCCCUUUAUGACCGCCAGCGGAGCGCCACAGGCGCUCACCACGCUGCCAUUGCGGACGCUUGCGCUGGCCCGGCUACUGGGCAGCAGCAGCAACCGUGGUACUGGCCUUGGUGCCAUGGGUCACGUGCUCCGGUCACCGGCAGCCGGCAGCACCAUUUUUGGCCGGCCGUCAUCGAUGUCGGCCAUUGUGCGAGGCGUGCGACGGACGUUUCGUGAGCCUGGAGGCGGUGGCAGCGGCAGUGGCCGGACAGGGCGGCAGCGGCCACCGGGCUACGACAGUCAGGUGGCAUCGCGGGUGAGCGAGCGGCGGCGGGAGCGCGAAGCAGCGCCGCGGCCGACGUUCAAGAUUCUGCGCGGUAAGAAGGACGUGACGGCCGAUCCGGUGCCGGAGGCCAAGUCGAGGCGGGCGCGCUUCUUCGACCCGGAGGACUCGUUUGGCAAGAAGAGCCUGGUGUACCGGCUCAAGACGGGCGAGCUGGAGGCGGAGGUGCAGGCGCUGGCGAAAAAGGACGACAUGGAAAGAGGGGACGACCAGGAAAGCAACGGCUGGAAUGACGACCGCAGACGCUGGCCAGAAAGGGGUGGGGGGAGGUCGGAGAACGAGAGAGGGCGGUUCGACCGGGGAAAUGAAAGGAGAGACAGAUCUGGGGGAUUCGGAUCGGAAAGGCGUGAAGGUCGGCCCAGAAGGUUCGACAGAUUCGAACGACAUGAAGGGCCCCAACGAUUCGGUAGAUCUGAACGGCGUGAAGGCCGGCCCCAGCGUUUCGACACGGAACGGCGUGAAAGCCAGUCCCAGCGAUUCAACAGAUCCGAAGGACGUGAAGACCGGCCCGAAAGGUUCGACAGAUCUGAUCGUGACAGAUCUGGGUAUGUCCGGCCUGAAAGAGACGACGGGUUCGAGGACACGACAGAGAAACUUGAACUCGACAGGUCUGAAGACGACCGUCCUUCAAGACAGGACAGGUUUGAGAGAUCCGAGAGGCCGAGAUCCGACAGGCCAGACAGACCAGACCGAGACAGACGAUUUGAGAGAUCAGAGAGAUCAGAGAGAUCAGAAAGACCAGACAGGCCGAGAUUCGACAGACAAGACAGACAAGAUGACACUCCGACCCUUCUCUCAAUCCCCUACACCACAGCAGCAUCACAGUUUCUGUACGGCCGGUCGGUCGUGGAGGCAGCUCUGCGCAGCGACCGACGACAGCUAUACCGACUGUAUGUACACCGAGCGGCAGCCGAGUACGGCCGACACAGCCGUGGCCGACAGCAGGACGACGGGAUCGAGCGGCUGGCUGUAGCACGUGGGCUGUCCAUCCAACACGUCGACGCGCGCGGACAGCGACUGAUGGACAAGAUGAGCAAAGGCCGGCCGCACAACGGCUACGUGCUGGAGGCGUCACCGCUGCGACAGCCGCCGGUCGUGGCGCUGGGACGAUGGCGCGAGCACGGCUUUGACGUCGAGCUGGGCCACCAGUCGCGCGAAGAUGCAGCCGUCAACGGGACCGACACGUUUGUGCAGAUUGCCAGACCAGGCUCAAACACAACGGCUGGCCGCCACCCUCUCGUCCUCCUGCUGGACCAGGUGCUCGACCCCGGCAAUCUCGGGGCGAUCCUGCGGACGGCCAGCUUUUUGGGCGUCAGCGCCGUGGCUGUGUCGCAGCGCAGUUCGGCCGGCCUGACGUCUGUGGCUCUGAAGGCAUCGGCUGGCGCGGCCGAGGCCAUGGCCCUGCUCUCGGUUGAGGACGCAGCAUCAUUUGUGACGCGGUCGCGUGAUGCCGGCUGGCGUGUCUAUGCGGCCGUCAUCCCGGGAAGCCGCACGGCCGAUCUCGAAGACGUCGAGACCGACGACCCGCUCGGCCGACAGGCCUGUCUCCUCGUCGUCGGCAGCGAAGGCGAGGGCCUGCCGCGGACUGUAAGACGCGCUGCUGACGUCGAGGUCGCCAUCGCCAAUCGGUCCGGAUCCGACGUGGUCGACAGCCUCAACGUCAGCGUCGCUGCUGGCCUGCUCUGCGCCGCCUUUCUGCGCGGCGGGAAUGCGAGCAAGGUGAAGUCGGUGAGCGAGGACAACAUUGUCGACCACACCGGCGACGCUCUGGAUCAGCUGGCCAGCACAGUCUCAGACCCGCCAGUCAAGCACGGCGAUUUGGGCAUCUGGUAA